CAUGCUGCGAGUGUUGUGUGUGGCUGCAGUUGUUACUGCAGGGGUUGCGUCCUCUUAUGGAAGGAUGAUGCCCAAGCAAGAAGAACCCAUCAUCCUGACGCCAAUGGUGGAGGCUGAGACGGAGGCUGCCCUUCUUAUAGUACCCGGGGCAUACAUUAAUGGACAGUACUACCAGCCUCUAGGUGAAACAAUACAAGCAGCAUCUCCACUGAAACUGUGGGUAGGGCUGGUAAGACCCUUUCCUCUGGACCUGCCAAACCCCUUGUCAGUGUUUCCAGACAUGGAGAAAACCCUGCAGGUUAUGCGAGAUUUGGGCAUGACCACAGACAACAUCUUCAUCAGUGGACACUCGCUUGGAGGCGUGGUUUUGCAGAACGAGGAAUGGUCACAAGAGCACGGUGUUGUAGGCUGGGUCAUGCUGGCCUCUUACCUUCCAGAUGGUGGUCUCAAUAAUGUCUCCCUCCCUGUCAUGCACAUCAGUGGAGAUCUGGAUGGGAUGGUCAGGGUCACUCACAUGAGAUGCAUCUUCAGAGAAUUGGAAGCAUCACUGGAAGAGGAACCAGAGAAUGUGUACAGGAAGCCCGUGAUGAUCCUGCAGGAUGUGAACCAUAUGUAUUUCGCGUCUGGGAACAGGACAUCUUCAGUAGAGGCCAAUGACAUUCUCUCUCCCAUGUCACAGGAGGAAGCCCAGGUGGGCAUUGCAAGACAUGUGACAGCCUUCCUGACGGUGGUGUUGGGUCAACCUGAGCUACAGGUGGUGGAGGCAAAGGCCACACUGGCACUGGCUCACCAAGAUACCAAGAUCAUCCUUCAGGCACAAGACGACAUGGAAGAGGUGACAGAGGGUGACGGGAUAAGGUCACCUUGGUCUGAACAAGGUCAGUGGCUCAUGUCAACAGUACUGGACCAAUACAGUGACUACCUACAGCGAUGCGAACACUACGUGGUACUGGAGAACAGGGUUGCUGAGGUGUCUACCAGUACCUAUCUCUACCCCAGAGGCAUCGUGGUGGGUACUGAACCCCUCACUUCCAAGGAGAUGGGAGUCAAAUUUAAGAGUCGCCAGGCCAUCAUGGAGGUUUUGGAACCCAUGGGGGUUGAAUUUGGCAAUGAGGUCAGCUGCCUGGAGGUCAAUCAGGCAUCAUUUACACUAGCCCUGUCAGCAGCUACAGAUAUCGUCAAUUCACGCUUCAACUCCCGGGGUAAACCUGUCUACUUCCUGGAAGACGAUGUCAAGUUGACUGGCAUUGCCUGGGUGGACGCGCAUCUCCUGUAUAAUAUUACUGACACUGGACUGGAAGUGACGUCUCCAUCCCUGGUCACCGAUGUAGAUGUUGGUCUGGGCCUCGGUGGGAUGCACUACUGCAAGCUGCUCACACCCACACGAGCACUGGAGUACAUCAUGAUAGACAGUCUUGUGGGUACCCAGCCUUAGUGCUCACCUAUGCUUGCUCUCAAGUGAUACAACACUAGAAUACAGGUUGGCCCUGCUUAUACAGCAGGUUAAGCUUCAGCUUAUUGCUGUAUGUACAGCAAUAGCCCUAACCAUAACCUGCUGUAUAAGCAGGGCCCAUCCGUACAGCAGUAGCCUGGAACCUAACCUGCUAUAUAAGUGGGGCCCAUCUGUACAGCAGUAGCCCAGAACCUAACCUGCUAUAUAAGUGGGGCCCAUCUGUACAGCAGUAGCCCAGAACCUAACCUGCUAUAUAAGUGGGGCCCAUCUGUACAGCAGUAGCCCAGAACCUAACCUGCUAUAUAAGUGGGGCCCAUCUGUACAGCAGUAGCCCAGAACCUAACCUGCUAUAUAAGUGGGGCCCAUCCGUACAGCAGUAGUCCAGAACCUAAUCGGAUGUAUAAUCAUGUUGAAAUAAAUUAUAUUGCGCUGAAUUAUACUAUAUGGGUGUAGCACUUUCCUCUGAAUAUACAGCCAGGUCUCAAUCAGUGUGAAUAAUGAAUCAUGUGAAGUGGUCGCAUUAUUCAAAUUACGUAUAUGUAAUUUUUGCACACAAUUUAAAGAGUUUGGGGAAAAACAUAGCAUUAAUUAAUUUUGCACUAAAUUGAAAUUCGCAAUAAUGGAGGCCUAAUCUUAAGGGUUUAGUGCUUUCUUGUGAAUAUACAUUAAUAGUAAUGGAAAAUUUCCCUUAC